AUGGGACAGGACUCCUUCUAUAAGGGCAGGCGUUUAACAUGUGAUCCGCAGUACAACUAUGCGAAGACGGUGACAUCAGCUGUCUCGCCAGCGCCUAGAAUCAACAUCCUGUCAUGGAACUGCAGCGGCCUUACGCAGCUACUGUUUGAAGAACUGAAACUACACUUGAGACUCCACCCAGGUAUCCAGGUGGUCUGUUUGCAAGAGACUCACAGAGCCUUCCUGAAUGAGUGGACUGCUGAAGGUUGGACAUUUAUCCACAGUGCAGCUGCUAAGGCCCAUCAGGGCGGUGUGCUGAUGGGUUUUCGAGACACUUUCUGUGCCAAGGAGUCCCUGCGAUGGCAGGAGGUGCAUCCUGGUAGGAUGUUGCAUGUGCGAUGUUUUGCGCAAGAUCAACAUCUGGAUUUCAUCGGCAUCUAUCAGCACGUGCUGCCUUUUGACUCCAAGGAGCUUGAGAAAGCGUUGGUGAAGCGGCGUCAACUUUGGGGCAAGUUGGACUCUCUUCUGCAGUCGUUUCCUUUACGUUCUUCGGUUGUGGUUGCUGGGGAUUUCAAUUCUAACCUUUGUUCUACGGGCUCCUGCAUUGGCCAUAGUGUGCUUCAUAACUCAGCUAAGAAGUCUGUAGCUGAAGAAAGACUGUGGCUCUCUGGCAUGCUGGCAUCACACCAGUUGGCAGUGCUGAACUCGUGGUCGCGCAAGCUGCCCACGUACGUGCAUCCUUCCGGAUCCUCCCAAAUCGACUGGAUCCUGGUCCGCACCGCCCUAGCUGAUCGGCAAGCCAAACAGUGCGUCCCCAAAGAGGCGCCCAUUGCAGGAUGGCGCUCGUCGGGGCAUAAGAUGUUGCAAGCUACCAUUCCACUUCGAUGGAAGCCAUGGAAGGCAUCCCAGCAGCGGGCACGUCGAUCACCGAUCUUCACUGGCGCAGCUUAUGCACGCAAUCAGCAGCUGCAGGAGGUGGUGCAACAGGUAAGGGAACAUGUUGUGCCGGCCAGGAGAGGUGUUGAGCGACCUGGAUUUGUUGGGGCUGAUGGCGAAAUUCUUAGAUUCUGGGAAGCGCGUAGGUUUCUCGCCAGACAAUCCACGCGUAGCAUGAGGGACAUCUUUGCUAGAAUGCGACUUGUGUUACAGCUCCAGCGGCGCCGUCGCGAACUGCAAGCUACUAUUCGAGCCAACAAGCGCAAGCAGCUACUUGAAACUCUGAGUCUGGCAGAGCACUCGUCGCGAAUUGGCGACAGUCGCUCCCUCUACCAGUGUGUGAGGUGGCUUGCACCGCGUGGUGCCCGCAGCACCAUCCGUCUUCGGGAUGACGAGGGUCGGCUCAUGCAUCCUAAGCAGGAAUGUCGAAUGCUGGUUGAAUAUGCGACUGGACUGUUUCAAGCACGGAGGGCCACGGAUGUGCCCGACCUUCAGCUUCAGCCCCUGGACCCAGCAAUUUUUCAUCCUGACCAGUGGUUUGGUGCCAUAAGCAGCCUUAGGAUAGGUAAAGCUGUACCUGCUGGCAUGCCGACUGUACAACAAUGGAAGGAAUGCAAUGCCUCCACUGCCUCCGAGCUUAGUCAGGUUGCAAUUCAGUCAUUGUGCUGUGACACACCAUGUAUUCCUCAAGAGUGGGCCGAUGUGCAACUUGCCUGGCUCGCCAAAGCUGGUAAAACCCCGUCCAGGCCACAGAACUUGAGGUCGAUUGGGCUUAUGUCGGUUGAUUGCAAGGCUUUUCUUAUCGUGCUGAGGGGUGCUAUAGCUCCCUACAUUGAGGAUACCAUGCGACAGCAUCCACAGUACGCCUACCGCAAGGGCGCCUCAACUGCCGAUGCACUCAUGCGAGCAGCCGGGCAUUGCAGCUCUGUUCGCAAGCUCCUGCAACGACAUCGGAGCGACCAUACGGCCAAGAUCUUGGGGGAUGCCAACAUUCCCUUAGUAGGCGGCCUCAUGUGUGGCAUUGAUCUUCAGAAAGCCUUUGAUGCUCUUCCGCAUUCAGAGAUUCACGGCGGGUUGGUCGAUGCUGGGGUUCCUGAUGCUCUAGCUGCUGCGGUGGUGCAGGUACAUCUUCAAACCAGAUGUUUUGUGAGGCAUGGGGGAACUGAAGGGGUCACCUCUAUGACCAGGGGGCUCAGGCAAGGAUGUCCUAUUGCUCCCAUUGUCUACGCUGCGUGGUCGUGUCGUUUGUGCAAACUUCUCGAUCGUCGCAUCGUUGUCUCAUGGUCUGCCGAACACUGCACGCUUUUCGCCGAUGACAUCUUCUCUUGCUGGGUUCUUCAUACAGUGAAAGAUUUCAAGGAUGCGGUGCGCGAACUUCGCUCCCUGAUCGAGGCCCUGCAUGCUCUGGGUAUGUCUGUUAAUUUUCAGAAGUCCAUUGUUGUUCUCAGAUUGUGUGGCAGAGCUGUUGCUACCCUAAGCAAGUCGUACCUGGUUUGGCGCAAUGGAGCUCAACAUCUUCGUCUGCGUUGCGCUGAUUGCGACAUGUACAUACCGUGUAGCACAAGCAUGCCUUAUCUGGGGGCCACGCUCUCCUAUGACAACUUUGAGCUACAGACAUACAAAACAAGAGCUCAACAAGCAAAUGCUCGAUUUCAGGAACUACGCCGGGUUUUGCGUACCAAUGGUGCCAUUGCCUGCCGCCAUCGGCUUCGCAUCUACAAGGCCACUGUGUGGCCUACCUUGUGGUAUGCUCUCUCCAGUGUGGGGUUGACCGUUGAUGUGCUCAAAGGGGUCGGUUCUCUUCUUGCAGGGCACCUUCGCAAAGUCCUCAGGGUACAUGAGGAGGGCGUCAGCAAUCGUGCAGUUCUUCAGCGUGCUGAUCUUGAUCCCAGGGGUUUCUUCUUGUUCCAGGUGAAAAGCAAAGGCGAAAGCAUUCUUCAAGACUCUCGUCGUGCUGACCAUAUCAAGGUCCAGGAGAGUCGGCACUGCUAUCAUGUGUAUCAAAGAAUGCUGGGCUUUGAGGACACCCCGGCGAUGUCCACACUUAUCCGUGUUGCGAAGGCGAGCUUGAACAUGCACAUUCAGCGCAGGCGCGUCUUCAUGAUUGGCGAUCGCUUGAGAAGCACAUCACAGAAGGCACCUGCUCGCGCAUCAAAAGCUUUGUCGCCAGUGGCCAUGAUGAAGAAUCCAUGCUACGCCAAGUACGGACUGAAGAACAACAAAGUCCCCCCAUUGUUGAGCCCGCCACUCUUCGACAGCAGGGUGGCAAACUCCAGGCUCGAAAAGCCUGUGUUCGGCGUUCAGCUCCCCCUGCAUUUUCUGUGGCAGCAAGGUGCUGGCAGAGUCGUGGAUACAACGCUCCAGCUCCAGGCUGAUCACCAGACGAAGGUUUCCACUAGUGUGGACACCCGCCGACCUGACAGGAACCUGGCUACCUCAGCCCUGUGCUUCUGCAUCUUGCUCGCAAUGCUGAUGAAGUCAAACAUGAGGUUCGGGCUGUCGUUGAGCAUCACGGAGAAAGCGUUGUAUCUGGUCACUACCGUGCGGUUCUCAAGACUGCCAGUGGCUGGAUGCAUACUGAUGAUCAUGCUACGCCCUCUUCGGUGCUUUGGACAGCUGAACGCGAGCGUGACUGCUAGUAUUGCUGUUGGCCCUACGCUGCUUCUUCGGCUGCUCGAAAUGACGUCCUCGGAUGCCCCAAUGAACGCGCUGGAAGGCUCUGAGGAAUGGCAGUUCUACCUCCAGUACAAGCCGGAGGGUUUUGCAAUGGCCUCUGGCCCUCCCUCGGAAAUUUCCACAGCGGCGACCAUUGACGAAAGGGGCUCGAAGCUCCAGAAGACCAGCGAGGCCAAAUCAGGCAACGGCAAGGGUGCGGCUGGAGCCCCGGGAAGCUCUGGCGAUGGUGCCGCGCAGCAGGCGCCGAAGCGUCAGCAUGGAUCGUGGGGCCGUAAGCAGGACUGGGCCAGGGAGCAGUGGUCCAAGGAAUGGAAGGGCAAUGCUGGCUCGUCGUCUGACAACGACGAGAUCAAGGAGAUGCAGAAGGCUAUUUCGAUGAUGCAGCGAUUGGCUCUGCGUCAUGAAGACAGCAUCAACUUGUUGAAGCUGGAGUUCAGCUUUGUUGCCCACAUGCGCCUGAACAUUCCGGCCAGCGUGGUGCAUAUGCUGUACGUGGCGGCGGAUGGAUGGCGUAAACUCAAAGCCCAGGAGCCGCACAAGCUUGACAGGCCGAUGAGGACUUCCCUCUUUGUCUGCUUCUUUGCCGAGCUCAAGACGCGUAUCCAAGCCUUGGAUUCGCGCCAGGCUGAUGUUGACAAGAUGGCGGAGUUAGGAUGGUUGGUGAAAGGCGUGCCUGUCACCUGGCAGUUCUUGAAGUGGGAUGGCGCCUCUCAGCGCAACGUCAUUGACACUGCCAAGCCUCCCUUGACCAAUGCUGAGAUAUUGGAGCACAUCGACACCCUGCUCGCCAAUGCGGUCACCACUAAUAGCCUGGCCCGUUUCCAUCCCACCAGGCCUUUGGCUGAUGGAAUGCAGGGCGAAAGUAUCGUGUUUCUCAUUCAGGUGGGAAACCUUGGCGAUGCGUGCGUAAGCAUCCGCUCCAGCCUCAAAGCUCUGUGCUACAAUGCCGUGCUGCAGCUUGUUGCCACGCAGCUCAAGCCGGAUCGGGUUGCGCGCUCAACGCUGGCCAACAACAUUGCCGCCUCCAUUCGAGCCUAG